AUGUCGGUUUCGAACAUGCGUGUGGUUUACAUUGCCAUGAUUGUGUUGGUAGCGGUCUGGGGCAUCGGACAAGGAGCGUUUGCACUUGUUGCGUGCGUCCCUCUGGAAAGAUUUUGGAACCCUAGUGUUCAUGCAAAGUGUGUUCCAAAUGCCCACAUUGCCUGGUACAUCAGCGCGCUGUUCAACAUAUUCACCGACAUCAUCAUUAUGAUUCUUCCUCUCCCAGUCAUCCGGAAGCUGAAUCUCCCCGGUUCACAAAAAGCUUUCCUUGUUGGUAUUUUCAGCGUCGGCUUCUUCGCAUGCUACUCAAACUCUCGCUUCAAUAUCCGAACGCAGUUCAACAUGAUGGACCAAAAAGACAACGUGAACACCUCAGCUACCGCGUCUGUACUCAGCAUCGGCAUGCGAGCCGUGGACGAGAAAGCGACCCUGCCGUCGGACUCGGAAACAACGCGCGACAUUCGGCAACGUAUACUGGAAGACCAAGCUGGUUCAAGCGCGACACAACGGCCGGCAACUAACCUGUCCAGUCUCUGGCGUCGUCAGAACACCUCGAGAAGGCCCGGUGACAUUGCGACUCAACCUUCCGUAUUCGACGAUCCCCAACUAGCGGUGUAUUUCCAGCCGUCAGACAAAUACGAGAACCGGCAUCGUUUCGAUGCGAACUUUCGCUGGACUUGGGCUGAGGAGAUUCCACUGAUCAGGAAGAUUGACUGGCGUGUGACAGCUUGGUCUUGCCUUGCGUUUUUUGCACUCGAUCUAGACCGAUCCAACAUUAGCCAGGCCAACUCGGACAACUUUCUGGAAGAUCUAGGCUUGGACACGAAUGACUACAAUCUUGGUCAGACGGUGUUCCGAGUCUCCUUCUUGCUGGCUGAAUUGCCGAGUCAAUUGAUCAGUAAGAAGAUUGGACCGUACGCUGAUACCCAUACGCAAAUGCCGCUCUGGUGCUGCGACGUCCUGUUAACACGCAAGCCUAGCGAUCGUUGGAUCCCUGCACAAAUGAUCCUCUGGAGCAUCGUGAGCGCCUCCCAAUUUUGGCUCAACGGGCGGUCUUCGUUCCUGGCGACCCGCGCAAUCAUUGGGCUGCUUCAGGGGGGUUUCAUUCCCGAUGUCAUCUUAUACAUGUCCUACUUCUUCAAGAGCACUGAGCUCCCAUUCCGUUUGGCCUUGUUCUGGAUGGCGAAUCGUUUAACCGAUGUCAUUGCGCCGUUACUAGCGUACGGCCUUCUCCGUCUUCGAGGGCUAUUCCUUCUCGAAGGCGUACUGACGUUAGUCAUUGGGAUCUGGUCCGUGUUUAUCAUGAUGCCCUCUCCCACACAGACAACGGCGUUUUGGCGGCCUAACGGAUGGUUCACCGAGCAUGAAGAAAAGAUCAUGGUGAAUCGCAUCUUACGAGAUGACCCGUCCAAGAGCGACAUGCACAACCGCCAGGCCAUAACGUUAAAGAUGCUGUGGGAAUCGCUGUGUGACUACGACCUAUGGCCGAUCUACAUGAUCGGCCUUACGUUUUCUAUUCCAGCCGGACCACCUGAUCAACACCUAACUCUAACUUUGAGACAAUUGGGCUUCGAUACCUUCGACACUAACCUACUUAGUAUCCUUUGUCAAGUUGCAACCACAAUCAAUAUGCUCUUCUUGGCGUGGAUUUCAGAAAAGAUCAACCAGAGGGCAUUGCUUGGCAUUCUCGUCGAGCUAUGGCUGCUCCCCUGUGUCAUUGCCCUUGCAGUGAUCCCCUCCGGCGUCAGCAGAUGGGCCACAUACGCGUUGGUAAUCGUACUAUUGUCUUAUCCCUCCCCCCAUCCCAUGCAAGUUGGCUGGGCGAGCCGCAACUCCAACACCGUCAGGACAAGAACGGUCUCGGCCGCGCUCUACAAUAUGUCUGUUCAACUUCAAUCCAUCAUCAGCGCCAACAUCUACCGACGAGACGAUCGUCCGGAGUACCGCCGUGGCAAUAGGGCGCUGGUCGGAGUCGCAAGCCUCAACGUGGUGAUCUACGCGGCUGCUAAGUUCUAUUAUGUCUGGAGGAACAGACAGCGAGACCGGAUCUGGGACGCCAUGUCACCGGAGGAGCGCCAACGAUACCUCGAUACCACCACAGACAAGGGCAGCAAGAGACUGGACUUUCGAUUCGCGAGUUGA